AUGAAAAUCGGCAAGCAUCGUAACGUGGUCCAGCUCAUCGGGAUCAUAACACGAGGUUUAUCUAUUGUAAUGGAAUACUGUGAAUAUGGAUGUUUGCUCACCCAUCUUCGCAAAGAAACUAUGUUCCCUGUGUGUUCGGCCAAGCUGUGCAAGAACGAUGAUUCACCGUCAUCACAAGGGGAAAUCAACGAAAUGACUGGUUUCGCGUACCAUGUGGCACGCGGCCUGGAAUUUCUCUUCAACGGGCAUGUUGUGCACGGUGACCUUGCCGCUCGCAACAUACUACUGGAUAAAAAUAAACAAGCGAAGAUUGCCGACUUUGGGCAUGCCCGAUUUGAAACCGAUGCUGAUUCGUUGAUGCUAGAGAAUCACACCAUCGUUCCCGCGUGUUGGAUGGCGCCCGAAGUGCUGAUUGGGACAUGGACAGUGAGCACCUGCAGAAGCGACAUUUGGUCCUUCGCUGUUCUGCUGUGGGAGAUUUUCACGUUAGGCGCCGAUCCGCAUGAACAUUUUGGUAUCGACGUGGACGGUAUUUCGACAGGUGCAUUAGCUGAAUACCUGCAAGCCGGCUACCGACUGCGGCCACCUAUUCUGCUUCCGGAGCAAUUAAAACCCAUAAUCAACAGCUGCUGGGAAUUUCAGCCGGAAAAUCGGCCCUCUUGCCAAGAAAUAAUUGCUUCCCUGGCGGCGUUACUGCCACCGGAAUUUAUGGAAAUCUACAUCUCGUGCGGCGAGGAGUGCAGCACAAAGCUGUAG